AUGUACUCACUGAUUCUACUUGAUGUUCUUCACUACAUGUACUCACUGAUGUUACAUGAUAUUCUUCACUACAUGUACUUGCUGAUGUUAUAUGAUGUUCUUCAAUACAUGUAUGUAUUCACUUUACACUGGGUGGUAACACUGUCUUCUUCAUUCUCCCAUGCUUACCUUAAUGCAGCAGAAAAAAACGGCAGCAACUUCCUCCGCAGCUCAGACUCCUGACUCGGCUAAUCUUAAAGUCAACCAGGACGACGAACUGGAAAACAAGGAGGUGAUGGAGCUGGCUAAGUCACCCAAGUCACCCAAGGGUAGUAAAGGUAAGAAGCCUGAGAUAGCAUCAGUGCUGGCUCCUUAUGAUGCUACCAGCAGUAACCAACUGAGUCUACAGCGAGGACAACUGGUGAUGAUACGCAAGAAAACUGCUUCUGGAUGGUGGGAAGGAGAACUACAGGCUAAAGGCAAGAAACGUCAGAUAGGUUGGUUCCCGGCAACCUACGUGAAGGUGUUGGGAGGAUCAUCUCGGUCUACUCCAGUCUCCAUGGAGUUGACUAAUAGAGAAGAUGCUCCUCCAGAUGACAUCCAGACACCACCUACCUCCACCACCACUGUCACCACCACCAACACUUCACUAACACAAGUCACCAUCUCUCCACCUACUGAUGAACCAAUGAAGGGUCCCAAUGAUGCAUCCAAUGGUGCUAUUGGUCUGUUGUUCUUUGCUUUUGCUUUACUGCCCUCUUGAUGGAGUGGUGGAAUG